GCAGUAGCACCUUCCCUCUUCACACCACCACAAGCAUGCGUUAUGAUUAGAUUCAUUCUUGUCCAGAAUCGUCAAGGAAAGACUCGUCUGUCCAAAUGGUAUGUUCCGUAUGAUGACGAUGAGAAGGUUCGGUUGCGAGGUGAAGUUCACAGGCUAGUGGCUCCUCGCGACCAGAAAUAUCAGUCAAACUUUGUGGAAUUCCGUAACCACAAGAUCGUUUAUAGACGAUAUGCUGGCUUGUUCUUCUGUGUGUGCGUAGAUGCUAAUGACAACGAGCUGGCGUACCUCGAAGCGAUACACCUGUUCGUUGAAGUGCUAGACUCCUUCUUCGAUAAUGUGUGCGAGCUGGACCUGGUGUUCAAUUUCUACAAGGUGUACGCCAUAUUGGAUGAAGUGUUCCUGGCUGGAGAGAUAGAGGAGACGAGCAAGGAUGUAGUUCUGGCUCGCUUGGAGGAGCUGGAAAAGUUGGAGUGAGCCACCACGACUGCGGGUCUGUUUCUGUUCUGCCUAAAUGCUUGAAUCGCGUUAACGCCUUGGUUCGUGAAUCAAGGUCUCCUUACCCAGCUGGUGUCAGUCAUGUUGGUGCUGCUUCUCACUCGGUGGCAAUACUUCAUGGAUUGGGACGCUACCAACUGUUCAACGACCGAUCGUGGGAGAUGCCACUAGUUGCCGGACCUAUUCCGUAACUCACUGUAUUCUAAUUUCUCACAUCGCGCUCUAGGUUCAGAAUGUUUAUCCCUGCAUGGACAAGUAUUUGACAUUU